GUUAAAAGAGCACAGUCAGAGUGAGAAGCAUAAUUUCUCAUAAAUAGUGCGUGCACUUUCUCCCUUUCUUAUCAAAAUUUAGUAGGGUGAUUUAGAAGCUAUAGAAAUUUAUUAGGUAGAAUAAAAAAACAAUUAAAAAUCUAUCUGAGAUUAAAUACCUUAUUCUCUUCCAUUUUCUAAACAUUAAAAACCCUCAAACUUUAAAAAACUGUUAUUCCUUAUUUUCUUUGGUAAGUAUCUAAGCGAUUUACUCAAAAAUAAAAGUUUAAUCGCACGGCACUCUGUAAAAAUUAACGUCAUAACAACUGUUUACCUUCUUUGAACGAUACAUUAAACAGCUGAUUUCAAGUUUUUAUUUUUUAAUGCAGUGUAGUAAACAAAUGGUUUACAUUAUUGAGAAAUAAUGCGAAUAUGUAUGGUCACGGAUUUCUUUUAUCCAAGUAUUGGCGGUGUAGAGGAACACGUUUUCAAUUUAUCUCAAAUCUUAUUAACCCACGGACAUAAAGUCAUUGUAUUAACACACUCGUAUGGCGACUGCAAAGGCAUUCGUUACUUAACGAAUGGUUUAAAGGUCUAUUAUUUACCAAUUAAGCCAUUUUACAAUCAAUGCAUACUGCCAACAAUACUUUGUCAAAUACCUCUGAUCCGUUGUGUGCUACUAAGAGAGUGCAUAGAAGUUGUACAUGGGCACUCUGCAUUCAGCACAUUGGCUCAUGAAGCAAUGAUUAUAGGUAACAUGCUAGGAUUAAGGACAGUUUUCACGGAUCAUAGCCUUUUUGGCUUUGCUGAUUUAUCGGCUGUUUUCACUAAUAAAAUGUUGCAGAUUAAUUUGGCAAAUGUAAAUCACUGCAUAUGUGUCUCUCAUAUUGGUAAAGAGAAUACUGUGCUACGUGCACGCAUACCGAAAGAAAAUGUUUCCGUUAUACCAAAUGCUGUUGAUACUGCCUUAUUUACACCGGAUCCAAGUAAACGGCCUUCAGACGGAACAAUUAACAUUAUCGUUGCCUCGCGUCUAGUUUACCGUAAGGGAAUCGAUUUGUUAGCUGGUGUCAUUCCACGUUUCAGACACACGCCUAAUAUAAAUUUUAUUAUAGUAGGCGAUGGACCCAAACGGGAUCUACUCGAAGAGAUACGGGAAAAGGCCAAUAUGCAAGAUCGCGUUGAGUUAAUAGGAGCAGUUGAACAUUCUCAAGUUCGCGAUAUUCUUGUUCGUGGACACAUUUUCGUAAAUACAUCGCUUACUGAAGCUUAUUGUAUGGCUAUAGUAGAAGCAGCUUCAUGUGGUCUACAAGUAGUGUCCACUCGUGUGGGUGGUAUUCCCGAAGUGUUGCCAUCGAACUUAAUCAUACUUACGGACGCUGAAGUUGAUUCUGUUUACCAAGGUGUACUUAAAGCUCUUGCCCGUUACACACAGUUUUGCAAAAAACAAAAACUAUACCCAGUCGAAACAAGUAUUGAAAAAAGCAAUAUGUUUUAUAGUAACGGCGUUUCGAUUGGCAAUGGCGCAAUUUUAGCAACAAAAUCAAAUAAGCGGAAGAAUAACAAAAAAUAUACGAAUUCAAACGUAAAUAAACCAAAAGAACCAAAAAUUAUUGGAGAUUUCGAAAAUCAUGAAGAUGAUGCUGUGCUUUGUCCAUAUAGAUGUAACGAAAUUGUGUCAACAUUAUACAAUUGGGAGAAUGUUACGCAGCGUACAGAAAAAGUAUAUAAUCGUAUUUUAGCCGAACCUGAGAAAUCACUUGGGGAUCUACUUUACGGUUAUCUGCGCAGUAAAGUCUGGCCAUUCCUGUUGGUGAUAUCUAUGGCUCAUGUUAUAUUAUUAUUUUUGGAAUAUUUACGUCCACGUCGAUAUAUGGAAAAAGCCAAAGAACUGACACCUUUGAGAAAACAGUAAACAACAUUUAUUUUUGAUUAUGAAUAUACAUAGUUUAGCUGAAAUUUAAAUUAUUAUAAAUACAAUGUAUUUUUAUAAGUAAUAACAAGCCAUUUGAUGGGUGCAUUUCCAAUAAUUCUACUUGUGACAUAUUAAAAUAUUUUCCUUUUUACAAAACCAAAUACAAUAAUAUUAAAAUCUUCUUUUAAAUUUGUAUUUUAUAUUGGAUUCCACAGGCCUUGCGAAAUAUUCUGAGGUAUGAAUUCUCAAAGCUAGUCAUACCAAUAUUACACGAAGGACUAUUUACAAUAGCGGUAUCUUUUAAUUUCCCGUUUUUAAUCGGAAUUAAGUAAUUAUGAUACGGAAAUAUAUUCCAGAAUCCUUGAAAUAAUUUUGCUGCAUGUGUAACUAAUCUGAAAUCAUUUGAAAUAUAACCACUUCCGGAUUAUAACCGUUACUAUAUCCCUAGAGAUGAAAGCUAAACGAUAUAGCAGUUAAAACGACCAUUGCAUAAAUCGUUUACUAUUGCCAUCUCUGUCGAACAGCUGUCAGAACUACACGCACUUGAUAGAAGGAAUAGAAAAAAACAACGAAUACGAAAAAUUCAAAGCAGCAGCUGGGCGAAGUUGGACAAUAGAAAAAACAAAUACGAAAAACCUAUUAAUACGGCAAAAAUUGCGCAUAAUACAGCGCAAAACAAAUAAAAUAGUUUUAUUUAUAUUACUAAAAUACUGUGCCGCUAAAACCCGCCAUGGAUUUGCUGAAUUCAAUACUCAAUUCAAUGGAAAAACCUCCCGCAGCUACAGAGCAACAGAAAAAAAUGAUCAAAAAACAAAAAGAGCUUGCUGAACGAAUUAAAAACAAACAGAAAGAAGAACUAAAUCGAUUUCGCAAAUAUGUAGAGGAACGUAUCGGACGAUUUGCAAAGGACGAUCGCCCUCAUAUUGAGUUUCAGCCGCUGGAUAAAGUGCACCGUGCCAUUAUUCAUGAGGUAGCAGAAUUCGGUGGCUUUAUUGCAAUGAGUUUUGGCCGCGAAGAUAUCGAUCGUCACUCAGUUGUUUAUAAAAAAGAGAAUGCUCCAUCGGAAGAUGAAAUAGCAGCUCGACGCAACGGUGACGGUUGGAAUGAAGAAAUUGCCAAAGAAUAUGCCGAAAGGCGAAAACAACAACGCGAGUUGGAAAGUGAACAAAAAAGACUGGCACGUGCUUCCACCCAACUACCACCUACCACAGAGUGUGACAUUAAACCAACGACCAACUAUAAAGAUAAAUACGCUCAUCUUAUUGGGCAGGAUGCAGCCUUAGAGGCUGCGCGUAAAACAGAAACUAAUCUGAGUUAUGGUUUCGUGCCCAGCAAAAACAAGAAGGAUAUGCGUUCGAUUGAACAAACUUUAGCUGAUAUUCAAGCAAAGAAGAAACGAAAAUUGGAGCAGCAACAACAGAGUGCAUUACCUAAUCUGCAGCAAGAACAACAGUCUAUUGUCAAUGAGCAAGAAAGGGCUUUAAGCACGCAACAAGAGCAAGACAAACAGGAGCCUAAUCUAGUUGGAAGCAGUGCUAGAGCAGAUGAGUGAUAAUUAUAGCGAGCAACUAUUUUCAUACUUAAACACGCUUGUAAAACGACUGCUUUGUGUCUUUGCAUAAAUUUGCAAUAAAUUGCAAUAUUUUUACUAUUUACGAGUUCACAACUGAAUUGUUAACUAUUUGAAAUGGUAUUGAGUAAAAACACAUAAAUACAUAUAUUAUAAUGAAAACAUA